UUGUUCUUCCCUCUCUAGAAAUUAAGAGAGGGGAGAACCUUUGAUAACAGCAAAAAGAUAUUAUAUAGCUGAAUAUAUAAUUUCUUAUAUAUCAAAGUAAUUAAGGUGAAGAGGGAAAGGGAGGAAACAUAAACUUCAAAAUGUCGGUUUCAAGGCUUUUCUUCGGAGUUCUUACAAUCCUAGCUGUAGUUUCCUCUAUUUUGUUGUCAAUGGCACAUGCUCAAUCAGCAGCUCCUGCUCCAGCUCCGACAAGCGAUGGAACAACAAUAGACCAAGGCAUAGCAUAUCUCCUUAUGUUGGUGGCAUUGGUCCUUACUUAUCUCAUCCAUUGAUCCUUCUAUCAUUUUAAUAUUGGUCUCUAUUUAGUUUAAUUAUAUUUUCUCGUUUUGAUUAUAAUUAAAUAGAGACCAGAAAAGAUUUAUAUGUGGUAGAGAAAUUAACGAGGUUUUCUUAUUUUUGGAGUAUACAAUUUUGAAGUUCAUUUCUAUAAAGUCGAUGUGCGUUCAACUGUUGGAAAUAUAUUUCAUCGAUCGA